GCGGAAUAGAGACUACAAAUCCCAGGGGGCGCAGCGCGGCCACCUGCAGGGCGGGUGUACGAAGGAGGAACUCGCCGGGCCGGGGCCCUGUGGACCUCACAUCCUCUCCCUGUGGCUGGCCCAAGAGCAUAAUUCCUGUUCCCUGCCUCAGACUGAAUCAUCUUUGUUCUUGAUGAACAACAGCCUGGAGCAGGCAGGACACUGCUGCUGAAGUCUGUGAUCAGCGCUGAGAUACGUGGCACAGCUGCUUCUACUGUGCAGCUGCCUUUGCCCAGGAAAAGUCACCUUAGAGGACCCUGACCUAGUGGAGUGGUUGGAAGGUGCUCCAGGCUGUCCCUUGCUGGGCUCUAAGCCCUCUCUCAGGAAGUUAUCCUCCCAGUGACUGCAGCCUCAUGUGCUCAGCUGGCCUGCUGGGCACAGGGUCAGGUCUGUGAGCUCCACAUGACUCAGCAGCCCAAGCCAUGCUGACCACUGACUGUGCUGGUGGCUUGAGCCGAUGCUUGCAGCUCUCAUCGUGAAGGGGCAGACCCUGCGGUCCUCUUGCUCCCUGGCAUGGCCCUGCAGUGCCUCGUACUACUGGCUGGCCUUUUGGUGGGAGUCGCCAGCAAGUCCACUGAAAAUAAGGCCCAGCAACAAGAGUGUUGUGUGGAUGUGGUGGACAUCAAUGCCACCUGCCCUGGCACAAAACUAUGUGGCCCAGGCUGCUCCGGGCAUGGGAGUGCAGAUGCAAGCAUCAACUGUGUGCGGUGCCAGAAUGGGACCUUCCCAGCCUACAACGCCUCUGAGUGCAGAAGCCUCACUGGCUGGGGUGCUCAGUUCCCCAUGAAUAGGAGCACAGGGAUGCCUGGCCGACCACAUUUUGGGGCUCCUCGUGUGGUGGUCUCCCUCUUCCUGGGAACAUUCUUCAUCAGCAUGGGCCUCAUCCUCUCUGUGGCUGGGUUCUUUUACCUCAAGCGCUCCAGUAAGCUCCCCAGGAUCUUCUACAGGAGUGAUAAAGCCCCAGUCCUGCAGCCCAGUGAAGCCGCUGCGAUGAUCCCUGCACCCCAGUCCUCAGUGCGGAAGCCUAGAUAUGUGAGGCGCGAGAGGCCCUCAGACAGGGCUGUGGACUCCUCUGCCUUCCCUGUGGUGGAUGCCCGCAUCAGCAACGUCUGAUCUGGAGGCCAACUAAGACCCCACCAACCUGCACCAAGGAGCCUGGGGCUGUCCCUUGGCCAUCACUGGGGCCUGGGAUGGGCAGGGGGUGGCUCCCCGUUACAAGCUGAGCAGGAAUCCACAACACCUCCCUUUUAUCCCUCCCAUGAUGCUCAAUGAAUAGGCCAGGUGCUUGGGAAUGAGGGGGUAGGUGCAGGCCCUCAGGUGACCAGCAAAAUUCAGGACCAGCUUGGCCUGCAGGUGCCCCAGGAUGCUUUGACCCUUAGAAGGG